CUCAGUCUGUUCUUUCGGCAUCCCUCAUAUAACAGUGAGGAGGAACUCCUCUCGCUCGCUCGCUCGAUUGUCGUUGUCUCCGAUCUCAGAUCCAGCAAUCUAUGAACUCUUCAAAGAUCUGAUCCGAAUCUGAGUUCAGCAGCACCGAACGACCCCCAAAUCCUUUUCUAGGGUUUCCGUCUCGCCAGAAUUCAGAUCCAGGUCUAGAUCCGUCCCUCUCCGAUGGCGAUGGAGAAAUCCUGCACGCUCCUCGUCCACUUCGACAAGGGAACUCCCGCCCUCGCCAACGAGAUCAAGGAGUGUCUCGAGGGGAACGACGUCGAGGCGAAGGUCGACGCCAUGAAGAAGGCCAUCAUGCUCCUCCUCAACGGCGAAACCCUACCCCAGCUCUUCAUCACCAUCGUCCGCUACGUUCUCCCCUCAGAGGAUCACACCGUUCAGAAGCUGCUCCUUUUGUACCUCGAGAUCAUCGAUAAGACCGACGGGAAAGGCCGGGUCCUCCCCGAGAUGAUCCUGAUCUGCCAGAACCUGAGAAAUAAUCUCCAGCAUCCUAAUGAGUACAUCAGAGGAGUUACUCUCAGGUUCCUUUGCCGGAUCUCGGAAUCCGAGCUCAUCGAGCCGUUGGUUCCGUCGGUGCUCUCGAAUCUCGAGCAUCGCCAUCCGUUUAUCCGCAGGAACGCGAUAUUGGCGAUUAUGUCGAUCUACAAGUUGCCGCAAGGGGAGCAAUUGCUUGCUGAUGCCCCUGAAAUGAUCGAGAAAGCGUUGGGUUCUGAGCAAGAUCCGUCGGCAAAGAGGAACGCUUUCUUGAUGCUGUUCAAUUGCGCGCAGGACCGGGCGGUGAAUUACCUGCUCUCGCAUGUGGAUCAGGUCGCCGAGUGGAAUGAGCUUUUGCAGAUGGUGGUUCUUGAUUUGAUCAGAAAAGUUUGCAGAUCCAACCCCCGUGAAAAGGGGAAGUACAUUAAGAUUAUCGUUUCUCUUCUCACUGCACCAUCGGCUGCGGUGGUUUAUGAAUGUGCUUGCACUCUUGUUUCUCUCUCGUCUGCUCCGUCGGCGAUCAGGUCUGCUGCUAGCACUUACUGCAGCUUGCUGCUCUCUCAGAGCGACAACAAUGUGAAGUUGAUUGUGCUUGAUCGGCUCAAUGAGCUCAAGACUUCCCAUAGGGAGGUCAUGAUGGAGAUGAUCAUGGAUGUGCUUCGAUCUCUGUCAAGCCCGAAUCUUGAUAUCCGCCGCAAAACUCUGGAUAUCGUGCUUGAUUUGAUCACUCCGAGGAAUAUUGAUGAGGUUGUUCUUACUCUUAAGAAGGAGGUUGUCAAGACCCAGAGUGGCGAACUGGAGAAGAACGGGGAGUAUAGGCAAAUGCUUGUGCAAGCCAUUCAUACCUGUGCCAUGAAGUUCCCUGAGGUAGCGAGCACCGUCGUUCAUCUCUUGAUGGAUUUCUUAGGGGAUAGCAACGUGGCUUCUGCUAUUGAUGUGGUACUCUUUGUGCGAGAGAUCAUUGAGACCAACCCGAAGCUUAGGGUUUCGAUCAUUACCAGGCUGCUGGAUACUUUCUAUCAGAUUCGGGCUGCGAGGGUCUGUUCUAGUGCUCUAUGGAUCAUUGGGGAGUACUGCCUUUCUUUGUCUGAAGUGGAGAGUGGGAUCUCAACCAUUAAGCAAUGCCUUGGCGAUCUCCCCUUCUAUUCUGUAGCUGAGGAAGGCGAGGCGAAUGAUGCUUCAAAGAGGCCUCAACAAGUGAACUCAUCAGUCACUGUUUCUUCUCGAAGGCCCGCUGUUCUCGCCGAUGGGACUUAUGCUACCCAAAGUGCUGCAUCUGAAACUGCAAUUUCAGCUCCUGCUAUUGUUCCUGGAUCUUUGGCUGCACCAGGGAACUUGAGAUCUUUGAUCCUGAGUGGAGACUUCUUUUUAGGAGCUGUUGUUGCUUGCACCCUAACCAAGUUGGUUUUGAGGCUGGAAGAGGUUCAGCCAUCGAAGGCCGAAGUCAACAAGCAGGCUGCUGGUGCUUUGUUGAUCAUGGUGUCUGUGCUGCAGUUAGGGCAAUCCUCUUAUCUUCCCCACCCAAUUGAUAAUGAUUCCUAUGAGAGGAUUGUGCUUUGUGUUAGGCUUCUGUGCAACACCGGAGAUGAAGUUAGGAAGAUUUGGUUGCAGUCAUGUCGUCAGAGCUUUGCAAAGAUGCUAGCAGAUAAGCAAUUCAGGGAGACACAGGAGAUUAAAGCACAAGCCCAGUUUUCUCAUGCACAACCAGAUGAUCUCAUUGAUUUCUAUCAUCUGAAGAGCAGGAAGGGGAUGAGCCUGCUUGAGCUCGAGGAUGAGGUUCAUGAUGACUUGAAACGUGCAACAGGAGAAUUCACCAAGGAUGGAGAUGAUGCUAACAAAUUAAACCGCAUUCUUCAACUCACAGGAUUUAGUGACCCUGUCUAUGCUGAGGCCUAUGUGACUGUUCAUCACUAUGAUAUUGUCCUUGAUGUCACAGUCAUUAACCGAACUAAGGAGACACUUCAGAAUCUAUGUUUGGAGCUUGCAACCAUGGGAGACCUUAAACUGGUGGAGCGUCCACAGAACUAUACCCUAGCACCUGAGUCAAGCAAGCAGAUCAAAGCCAACAUUAAGGUCUCUUCAACAGAAACUGGUGUCAUAUUUGGGAAUAUUGUUUAUGAGACCUCAAAUGUUCACGAGAGAACUGUUGUUGUGCUCAGUGACAUUCACAUUGACAUCAUGGACUACAUUUCACCUGCCACUUGUGCUGAUUCGGCAUUUAGAAAUAUGUGGGCGGAAUUUGAGUGGGAAAACAAGGUGGCUGUGAACACUGUAAUUCAAAACGAGAAGGAAUUUUUGAAUCACAUCAUAAAGUCUACGAACAUGAAGUGUCUCACCCCUCCGUCUGCACUUGACGGAGAGUGUGGGUUUCUUGCUGCAAAUCUUUAUGCUAAGAGUGUGUUCGGGGAGGACGCAUUGGUGAAUGUGAGCAUAGAGAAGCAGGCUGAUGGGAAGCUCAGUGGUUACAUUAGGAUAAGAAGCAAGACCCAAGGUAUCGCCCUCAGUCUCGGAGACAAGAUCACUCUCAAACAAAAAGGAGGCAGCUGAGCUGUGAUGAUCCUUGCACUUCUCUUCGUCCUUCUGGUUUCGACUUCACAUCAUAGUUGCAUAUAAGGACCCUCACAUCAAGGACGUUGCUCCCUUCAUAGUUUUGCAUGCGCAAUUUACUCAUACGCGCUAAUAAUCUUUUUUUCCCCUCCCUCCAAUUUCUAUUGCUAUCUUGUUACUAUUGUUAUCACAGAAUGUAAUGGAUUAUUACAACAUUUGUUUAUUGUUCUCUUUUGUAGUGAAUUCACACCAAUUGCACAAAUCUAUACACUUGUGAUGUGGAGUUUAUUUAUUUAUUUGUUUAUUAAUAUUACUAAAGUAUCCUACCA